CAGGGACUCGCAGGAAAGUGGACCAUUCUCACAGAAUGAUCUCCGUCAGCUUGCCGAACUUCGUCCGCGAUUAUGGGGCAUGAUUCAAUUUGCCUUAAAAGAGCGCUACCCAGGACAAAUGGGGAACGGCGGGCAAGUGGUGGCCGCAUCUGCACCAACCAUUGACAGUCGUGUCAGUAACAUCAUAGCGCUUGCGGUACAGAUGACGGACGAUGUGGCUUCUUUGGAGAGUGACCUGAAAGCGCAGCUACAUGAUGGUCAGUCUAGAAAGACGAUCUCCAUAGCCCAGGAUCGGAAGAAGAAAAUGGAUUUGAAUAUGGUGUCAGAACUCCACAAGUACUGCAGAGACCUUGUUUCAAGAACCAGUACAAUGUUAACCAGUAUCGAGGAAGACAAGGACCAAGUUGCAUCUUCAGAAUAUGUCUUUAAUGAAGAAGUCCAUCUUAUGGAUUCCAAGAAGAAAGCCAAUGAAACUGAUGACAAAGGUAGUGUGACAUUCCAUGCAGAAAAAGUGCUGUCAGCUAUAGACAAGGAGAAGAUGACAGGGGAUACAUCACUGACAAAGAGAGAAUUCCCCACGCCUGUGGUGAGUUCCUUGUCUGCAACAAUUGGUUGCAGUGUUGUACCCAUACCAGAUACGCUAAAGCUGGAUCUCAAUUCUGACAAUUCAAACUGGGAAAAGGAACUUAACAGGAUUACAAAGCCUGCAUUCGCACAAGAAACGAGCGAUCCCUCCCAGAAAGAGAUAUCUGAAAUAAAUCAGAAUAAGAAGGAUGGAGAUUUUGACAAGGAUUUCAGAAACAACUCUGAUGGACAAAAAGACUUUCCAGGUUCUUCCUCACAGUACAGUCAAAGUCUCCCCUCCAAUGCAUUUUACCGUGAUGACAGUGUCAGACAUGGAACCCCAAAAACAAGACUUUCUUUACAAAUUGGGCCUCACAAAAGUUAUGAAGAGUUGCACUUUGGGCGACCACCGGAAGAGAAAAAUGGUGAUGAUGCGGUGGCUCACAAACGCCAAGAAAACAAGGCAGAAGCAGCAACGCAAACCAGUCAACAAGAUCUCUUAGGGAGGUGUAGUAAUGUUAUAUGUAACUACCGGUCAGUCAUGACACAGUGUGGUACAGUUACUGAUGCAGGGCAGCCUUCGGAGGAAGAAGGGACUGUGGGAGGGGUAGUAUGUCCAUCAGGACAGGGAGGCGGCUGUACAGGUGUGAAUGACCCAACUGACUACCGCAGGAGUCCAGACCCAACCAGCAACCAGGCCCACAGUACACAGAGAGAUUCCAUUGGUGAACUGAUAGUAGAGGAACAAGAUGAAGAGUUAACAAUUGCCCCACAGUUCGCUCCCUAUGGACCACCUGCCUUUAUACAUCUAGAGAAUGACAGUUAUCCAAGAUGCAACCUAUAUGAUUUUGAAGGACCUGAGGAGUUGUACGAGCUAUCUGCUCCAUCACCCCCACCAUCUCUUGAAUUGGAGGAACAGUUGACACGGUUUCAUGCUCAAGUAUGCAGGGUGGAGAUACUUGACACAGAUGGCCACACUCUCCUGAACACACUGUUGGCAGGACCAAGACUGGUGCAAAACCAGGCUCUGCAGAUUGCAUCCAGAGUUGUUGAGCGAUCUGGCUUGAGAGAUUUCACCCUGAGGUGGCCGGGAGGAGACCUGAUUCCCUGGAACACCAUUCUGGAGGUGCCCAGUGACCAGGGUUCAAGUUCAGGUCCAACUACUGUAACAGUACAGGUUCAACCUGCUCAAGAUGGGGAGGGAGAAUGGAGAGUCCACUGGACUGAGGGCCAUGACCCCAUCUUGCAACCUCCAGACAAUCAGGAAGAGAAUACUGAUGACAGCAAUAUACAGGCGUGUUUGUUGGAAGGAUUCCAUGGUCAGCAGCAGGAGGCUUCAUCAACGGCACAGAGCGGUCAAGCUGGUCAAGCCCAACCACUGAGUGUCCAGCCAGACACUGCAGGAGAGCAAGAAUGUGGAGACUCCAGGUGCACCAUCUGUAAAGAGGUCAGAGGUCAAUUGGUUCGUACACCUUGCCGUCAUCUGUUCCAUCCCGACUGCCUGUAUCAUUGGUUAGCUGAAACAGACAGCUGUCCUAACUGCAGAAAGCCAGUUAAUAAGUGCAGAGAAAACUGAUGUGUCUGGCAACACAGUAUACAUAUUGGAUUGGGCAAUUAUCCAGACAUUUGUGUGUUGGAUUUUAGAAUAUCGAAGCACAGGAGACUCAGAGGACUUAUUUUAUAAUAUUGUAACAGUAGUUACUUUAAUCUUCUCAUAACUGGAGUGGCAAUGAUGCAACUUACAAGUAGUUUGUUUCUUUGUUGCUGACCUGUUCUUGAACUUCAACUUCUUGUAAAAUUGAGUUUAGUCUGUAUGAUUACAAAUGUUGUUUGAAUGUUGUCAUGCAAAAAGUUACUGUUAAUCUGCCCCUGGCCUAUGAAGCAAAUGUCAUUAUAUAUAUUAUACAUGAAUUGUAUCACAACCUCCGCAGUACAUUAAGAAUGUGCCUUAAUAUGUAAACCCAAGGACGUUAUAAUGUCCUUGGUAAACCUAAUGCAUUUACUCUUGAACAGAAAUAACACCCAGCAUCAACUGCCUUAUAAGAUUUGAGAAAAAAAGGGAAUAAUUGGCCAGGUGGCCAGAGGAGCAGUGAGUCCACGCUAAGGUUGAUGUUCCCCUGCGAAUGAAAGUAACUAUGGUGGCCAAACUCCCCGGGCUAUUAUUCUCCCUAUAGUCUGGUAGAGAGUAUAAAACUCACCUCACCUCACCUAGUGCCAUCCUCUACUAGAGGGUUGGGGACCAUCAUGGUCACUUCCAGCACAAGCUUCCUCCUUCUCUAUCAUUCGCCUUCUGCAUGUGUGCAGUCAGCUUAUGACCUGCCUGUCCAGUCUCUGAUUUCAUCUCUUACUUGGCCUCUGGAUCCCUCUACGUCUGGUUCCACUGAUCCUCCCUUGCAGGGUAGCAGCCUUCACAGACAUUCAGAGUGGCAGUGUUACCCAGGGGCAAUAAAACUCUAGCCUGAUUCAAUCGUGCCUCUUACGGCUGCUCUACAUUGUGUACAUGGGGCCAAUUCAGCGCCGGACAGCAGAGUUUGCAUUACACAGACUUGUAAAACUCCUUCUCUCAGCUAACGCUCUUCCUCAGCAUAGAGAACUCCUAUGUUGAAAAACACAGAAUCUGCGCUCCCCCUAAAAACACUGCCGCUCUGAAAGCUACUUGCAGGAUGUGUGUUGAGAUGUUCUGGGCAUGUGUAGCGUGGCUGAAGUAGCAGGAGCUUUCUCCUUUUUGAGUGUAUAUUCAAAACAGACAUUCCAUUAUCACUUUUAGCACUAAGCAUGAAUUGACAGUGGUGUAAAUAUGUCAUGAUUGUGACAGUGACUAUAUUAGUUACUGUCACAAUGUUGAGUUUUACUUGGUCAGAUGCCCUGACCAUUUUUUCGAAGAACUGCAGAAUGAAGUACUUCUGCAUUAUUCCAGUGACCCAGGUGACUUGAAAUGUUGUAGCCUUGGAGCCUCCAUAGAAACUGCUGGCUCAAUCUUCAUGCUUGCUAUUUGCCACGGGACAUCGCAAGCAAAAAGAUUCAGCCAGCGGUUACUACAUAGGAUGAUACCCAGGCUAAGAAAUGUUGGCCACAUUGGUCGAACCGUUUUAUAUUUGAUUCAGUGGGGAAAACAUCUUUAAUCAAUUUUGUUCUUAACUUUCACAAACUAGUUAUCAGUCAUGAGGAUUACAUCUCUGGAUCCAGGAUGGAAGUACAAAGUAAUUGUUAAGUGAUGUAAGGACCACUAUACUAUAUUAGGUAGCCUUUAAAAAUCUAGAUACUAUCUAGAUACUAUUAGCCAAAGGUUAUCAUUGUUACCAGAUAAGUGCCGAAAUUUGUUCCUCUCAACAUUCCCUUAAAUUUGGUUUCUUGUGGCAUCUCCAAUGCUUUGCUUAGUGUUAAGGCUAAAUAAUCUUGUUUGUUACAGUAAUCAAUAAAACUGUUUUUAUCAAUGUUUGAUUAAGAUUGUCAAUGCAGGGAUUCUUUCAUGUAAAGCAUGACACAAUUCAGCCUCUGGCUUCAAGUUCUUUGUUUUAUCAAUAAACCAUUAAUUUUGA